ACCAAAGAAGAAGAAGAAGAACGGGUGAGUGUGUAGAGUUAAAGUGCACAUCUUAGCGUGUCAUUUGUGGCACAACUUUUGUGUUACAGUUUUAAAAAAUAGUCAAGUUAAUUAUUGCAGUCGCGAGCAUAGCUAUGUCACGGCCUCUGUUUGGCGGUGCGUUAUCAGCUGUCUUUCCUUCCAGUGCUAUGGAUAUCAGUGAACUGAGACAGAUCCCUGAUAAUCAAGAAGUGUUCGCUCACUCUCAGACAGACCAGAGUAUUAUCAUUGAACUGCUGGAGUAUCAAAGCCAAGUGCAGGAUGCUGAAGCAGCCAGGUAUCACUUUGAAGAUGUGGCUGGCAGUAACAAGGCGAUCGAGAAUGGCACAUGGGAGGUCAGAGUGGUGAAGCAGGUUCCCCAGUCAGAGAUCUCUAUGCAGGAAUGCAGCUCUGCAUGGCUGCUUUCUGGAGCUCAGCUUGUCUCUAAAUUCAAUGAGGAGGCAAAGAACACUGUGAAUGUCCACCAGUGCUUGUUUCGCCUACCGCAGUUCACCACUGACAUUUUAAUGAUGUUCAACGAUCCUGUUUUUAUCAAUCCCCUCAGCAGCAGUGCCGCUGGUAAUAUGGAAGCUAUACCAUGGACACAACAAGACUUCCAGGGUGUUCUGCAGUCUCUGCGUCUACUCGACUCGGGAGUGUUCGGGUAGAUGCUUAAUGGGGGUCUAAACUCAACUUUCACAUUAAUGUAUUUGAAAAGUUAGGCUCUCUGGGAUUUUUAUUUUUUGCAUUUGUUUGAUUUAUAGAUAUGUUAUGUAAAUAGAGAAUCUUGAAAUGUAAAAAAAUAAAUAAAAGAUAUUAUUUUUUUUAAUAAGAAAAGAAGUGAAAACUAGUUUUUACUCAGUGUCACAGGGAUAUGUUAAUUCAUUCACUAUGAGUUUUCCUAAGCUUCUCAAAGGUAUGUGUUCACCACAAAACUAAUGUUUAACAACUUAACUGGAAUUCUAGUUUGAAUCUCUGAGUUUAACAGACUAAAACAACU